AACCAGUAUUUUUGAAAAAAAAUUACCGUUUAAAAUAAUGAGUUAGGUUUUUAAACAUAAGCUGUAAAGAUCCAGCCAUGAAAAGAAACAUUCUUAAGUUUGUACAACAGGGCUUAUGGCCUUCGUUAUCCGGUGGCUGGUACUACGAUACAUCUCAUAGCAACUUCACAAACUUGUUCCAUCUCUAUUCCUGGUUGUUUUUGCUCUGUCUGCCAUUUUGCCUCUACUUAUUGACACUGCUCACAUGGGGAGUAACAAGUGCUUACUUUGUGUCACUUGUGAUAUUCUUCAGUACAUUGAAAUUUGCCAACAAUCAUCUACAUCAAACAUUUGAUAAAGGGGAGACAAUACAGAAGAAGACAGUGGAAGAGGAUUCACCAGAUGAAGAUAAAGUGACUGAAAUAAAAGAUACUGGUGAAGUAGAAGAUGCUAUAAAGAAAGAUUCGUAUACAGGUAAAGACGACGAAAACAACGAGAAUGGUAAAGUUGAUAUCGCAAGCAACAAAGUGGAUACAUCAGGUCACAUGGAGCUUUGGGAUGAACUUACUAAACAUACAUUUGCAGAUGACGAUUUAUUUCCAUCUUCCAUAAAAGACACAUCACAGAAUAAAGUUACUGUAGAUGUGCAUGGCCAAGCAGAAGAGGAAUCAUUCAUUGUCAAAUCUUUUGACGAAAUUCCAAAAAAUCGUCACAAUAAAAAAACAAAGUCACGAAAAAGGGAGAAACGGUUGGCAGUAGACCGAUGUGCAAGCAUCCCAAAUGUCGAUAAUCGUGAUAGUGAUGUCAUAAUGAAAGAUUUUCUCUCUGGAAGAAAGGCGCAAAUAAAGGCAACUAAUGACAAACCACUCUCAUCUUCAGAUGUUAAACUACAAGAUAAUUCAGAACCUUCAGUGAAGUCUAUCGUCGCCAAUGAUGAUCAACUUUGUGAGGUACAGACAAUACAAAGAAGGAUUGGUUUUCGUGGUCACAGACGUCCAGUGAAGAAAAGAAGUUUUACAAAGCAUGAAGAUAAUGGAGCCAAAGGAGACGACGCACGAAAAUCACGCAAGCGAUCAGCAGAACUAGAUGUAUUGAGUGAUACACCUGAUCUGAAGAGAAUUUCUAACGGUACAGCCAACCAGGACCCUACAUCAGCAUCCACUCCUCAGAUCAACCUGUUCCUCAACCAAACCAUGACUCAAACCAAGUCCUCAUCUUUGCCACGAGAUGUCAGAGUGACAAAUCGAAUCGACGAAAAAAUAUCAAGAUCACUUCUAAAAGAUGACCUCAUGGCUGGAGAUUCAAAUCAUGGUCGUGAAAACAUGAUGAAAAUCACGGUGAAUGAAUUCCUUCGUGAUAAAUCAUCUUCCUCAUCUCUUUCAUCCACAACAACACCAUCAGGAUCAUCUUUAUUGGGGUGGGAUGCGGUGGACACUUCCCACGUCACCUUAAACACAGAAGGUGCAAAGAGCAACAAGAAUCCUGGAAAUUCCAUGCGCCCAACCAAAGCUAAACCUCCAAGAAACAGAAAACCUGGGAACUGGUCUGUUGUGUCAGGUAACUUGGAUAGUUCAACUAGUAGUUCUUCUGAAGAUGAAACUGAAAUGAGAGCUUUUCUUGAUACUUUGCGACAAUCUGCUAGCCAUGAUAUAUCUUCUGGUGAUACUAAGAGAAAAGGAGAAACAUCUAGUAUAUACAGUGACACCAUGUUUAAUAAGGCUCAAAUGGGUUCAGUUUUAAAAGCUCAGACACAAAGGUCUUCAUCCAGCACAGACAGUGAUGACAAAAAUAUGGAAGAAAAUUACAACCAAUGUUUGCAUAACUUCAGUAGGAUUCAACCGCAAUCUGAUAAUAUCCGAAGGUCUAUGUCCACAAGACAAGCCGUGCGUCACCGUGCGCAUCGUGUCCGACGCACCCAAUCUGUGCGUGUCCCCAGUUCAUCAAAUACAACAUAUUCCCCAUUAAGUAGGGAGGGGUUGAGACACAGGCAUCCAGCUGGUGACCAGAAAAGUCAACCUGAGGAAAAUAAUAAUGAAGAGGUUGUCGAAAAAGAGAAGACCGAGGAGGAUCAGCCAUCAGCAAGUGGUGGAUCCAACAUCCACUUUGCAACCAACCACGCAGACACUACAGAAGGAGCCGUUCACUGUUUUCAAGAUGAGUUUGGUAAUUGGUUGACAUACACGUUUGGUGGAAACACUGCUGUUGCUACUGAGAUAUCAAGCAAUUUGCCUGCUUUACCAGAACUACCUUCGCUUAGGAGUAGACACUCAAGCAGACGGACUCGUGGCGAUUCAUCGUCAACUAACUCAGCUCGUGACAACCGGUUAAAUGACGACAGAACAAUGUUACAACUCUGUGCACAGGAUGAAAUGACACUACCAGAACAACUGAGAUUUACCGAUCGUAAUUAUCAAGUUUAUGUUUCACCUACAAGAGCUGCAUCUCAGCAAGAAGUAGGAUCAAGACAAGCAACUCCAAAAGUAAAACUCUUCUACAAAGUGAAGAUCUUACCAUUCAAGUCUAUUACAUUACAGUACGACAGACUUGCUCUAAUGGAUCUAUUAGACAGGAAUGUGAUGAUGAUUGAAACGAUCAUUUCCAUUCUUCUUGCAUCUGGUGUUGGACUUCUCGGACUUUUUGUCCUCUCCCAGGGUUUACUACACGAGUUAUGGUCGUUCUGGUUUUGCAUUGUCAUAGCAACGUCUCAAUUUCCGAUGAUUCGUAGCGUUCAGCCUGACUCAGCAUCUCCUACUCAUGGACACAACAGAGUGAUUGCAUACAGUCGCCCGGUAUAUUUUGCAUUAUCAGCCAUGUUAUUGUUGUUGUUUAAUUUCCUAUCAACACCUGACAACGUUCGACUUGAUGGGAUUUCAAUUCUUGGACACAAUUUUGGGAACAACGAAAGUUGCCGAUUCGCCAGGGAUUUUAUGCUGAUUUUUACUUGUUUGUUGCCCAUUAUAUUCAUGCUUGGACUUCUGCCUCAAAUCAACACAUUUGUUCUUUACUUAUGUGAACAAGUGGAAAUGCACAUGUUUGGUGGUACAGCUUCUACAAGUUUUGGCGCUUCAAUUUUUGGAGUUUUUCGAAGUUUGUUUACAUGCUUAUUGCUGUUUGGAUUCUGCUACGGUGCCAUGCUUACCACUGAAAGCAGUCAACACAUUUUAUUCUCAAUCUUCUGUGGAUUAUUAGUUGCAUCUUCUUACCAUCUAAGCAGGCAAACCAGUUCUCCUUGGACAUUUUGGUCAUUGAUCAAAUCAAAGUUAUUGCUUGAUGAACCACGACGGGAUAAUGGGAGUACUGAGACGGGUGAUCCAGCUGAAGAAGCAGACCAAGUGUCAUCUGAAUAUAUGCUUAAUGCUGUUAGUGAUCGUUUACAAUCUGACGUGAUUUGUUGUUCGAUAUUAUGUGUCGUAAUGUUCGCUGUACACUGUAGUACUGCCCUAUCUACUUCACAGCCAUACCUUAGUACAGUGCUGUACAUAAUGGUCGCAUGUACUGGUGUUAUCCUGCAUUAUAUAUUUCCUCAAUUAAGGAAAAACUUGCCCUGGGUCUUUUUCUCACGCCCAAUUCUAAGAUCACGUGAAUACUCCAUGUUUGAGGUAACAGAAGCUGCUCAUUUAAUGUGGUAUGAGAAAUUUUACGUCUUCGUGUGCUCUGUCGAGCGUAAUGUCCUUUUUCCCAUCGUUGUAUUGAACGAGUUAACUAGGGAUUCCCCAGCUGUUGUUGCUCUAUAUGGUCACGUACUUGGCAGUAUUCUAAUCGUAAUAUGCGGCGUAAAAAUGCUGAGAGGGUCAUACACAAUGCCUGCUUCUCAGUUCAAAAUCUUUGUUUUUACUGUUCUGUUCAUUAAAUAUGACGCAAGGCAAUACACAGGACCGUUACUUAUUGCUUACCCAAUAGUAGCAGUGAUUUAUGUCAAGGUGGAAGAAUUAAUACUCAAACUUCAAUUCUGGUUAGUGUAUGUUUGCCCAUGGCAAAUAACAUGGGGUUCUGCUUUCCACGCUGUUGCGCAAGUCUGCUCAGUACCCCACAGUGCGCUUUUAACCCUUCAUGCUCUAGUGGCUUCCAUAACCCAGGCCCCAUUCACCCCUUUUAUUGGAAGCGCGCUUUUUUUGACAUCUUACCCAAGGCCUGUGAAAUUUUGGGAAAAAAAUUACAAUACAAAGAGAAUAGACCACUCUAAUUCAAGACUCUCAAGUCAGCUUGAAAGAGGGCCACACUCUGACCAUAAUAACUUAAAUUCUGUGUUUUACGAACACCUAACUCAUUCAUUGCAAAAAUCCUUGGCUGGUGACCUGGAAUUAGGAAGGUGGGGUAAUGUGGUAGCCGGAGAUUGCUUCAUAUUAGCUUCGGAUUAUUUAAACGCUCUCGUGCACAUCGUCGAGUAUGGAAACGGAAUCCUUACUUUUCAACUGAGGGGUCUAGAAUUUAGUGGGACAUACUGCCAACAACGCGAAGUUGAAGCGAUCAACGAAGGUGCCGACACAAGUGAGAGUUGCUGUUGUUGCCACGUGGGGAAAAUAAACGGAGUUUUAUCUUUUAACUCAGCGUUUAACCAACGCUGGAUGGCGUGGCAGGUUAUAGUGAGUAACUAUGUGUUAGAUGGGUACAACAUUAGUGAUAACAAUGCAACUACUAUGCUGGGUGUUUUUGACUUGAGGAAAAUUCUCAUAAGUUAUAUCGUGAAAAGCGUGAUUUUCUUUCUUGUUGCUCACGAUUCACUUGACUCAUGGAUCACGAACGACUCAAUCCGUGAGCAACUCACGUCAUGUGAACAACCUGACUAUGUAGACGUUGAUUCUAUGUUCGCUGUUGCCAUUGACGACGAUUAUGACGUGUGGUUAUUUGGUAUCUCAAGGUCAAAGUUCACGCAAGUUUACUCGACGUGGAUCGAUUACUGCUGUGCUCAGCGGGCCGGGACCAAAAAUGGUGCAAAUUACAGCGGGGAUUCUAAGCUCACCACAUUAUGUUUUGCGAUUAGUGUUCUGGCACGCAGAGCACUUGGGACAGCAUCUCAUAACUUAUCGUCCAAUUUAGAUUCCUUUCUGUACGGACUUUACUCUUUAUUCAAGGGAGAUUUCCGCAUUACAUCCAAUAAAGACGAAUGGGUCUUCACUGACAUGAACUUGCUUCGAGAGGUUGUUGCUCCUGGAGUCCGAAUGGCUCUUAAAUUACAUCAAGAUCAUUUUGCAUGUCCAGAUGAGUAUGACCAACAUGAGCCUCUAUAUACUGCUAUAUCUGAAUAUCAGACAACUAUGGUUAUAACACAUGAGGGGGAUCCUAUGUGGAGAAAAGCUGUUCUUUCUAACACAAGUUCAUUGCUUGCAUUAAGGCGAGUUAUAAGUGACAUGUUCGUUGACCAAUACAGUGUUAUAACACUAAACCAUAGAGCAUUAGGCUUUAAUGUGGUUAAAGUAAAUCGCGAAUGUGUACGAGGUUUAUGGGCCGGCCAACAGAAUGAGCUCAUUUUCUUGAGAAAUAGGAACCCGGAAAGAGGGAGCAUUCAAAACGCUAAGCAAGUUUUGAGGAAUAUGAUAAAUUCAUCUUGUGAUCAGCCUAUUGGAUAUCCAAUAUAUGUUUCCCCUCUAACCACUUCAUAUGCAACAACCAAUCAGCAACUGAAUAAGGUGAUUGGCGGACCAAUCACAUUCGAGGCAGUCAAAACUUGUUUCACCAGCAUUAUAGCUUGUUUACGUCAGAGUUGCUCAGGUAGUUGCAACAGUGGAGGAAGUGGUGGAUUUCCUCAAAAUCAAGUCGUUCAAUCAAUACCCAUGGUUAAUAUUCCAUCACGAAAUUAUUCGAAUGAGCCAAUCCCGCUUCACCUAAACUACAGACUGGCAAAUGAGAGCGGAGCGAAUGUGACAUCAUUCACCAACACGAGGUCGCGACACGGUUCAGCGAUUAGUGGGGAGAAAAAAUCUCUCGAGUCUCGAGCACGAAGUUCCAUUUCUUCAGCUUCAACUUUAAGAAAAUCUUUAGAAACUUCUAGAAUGAACAAAGAUGCUUUAGAUGACCUGCCUUCAUUUUCUGCCAUUCAUUCAAUUUCUGGUUCGUCUUCGCGCUCAAAUUCUACUUCCGAUAAUCCUUCAAAAAUGCGCAGUGUUUCCAGAUCAGAAUAUUCGCGUUCUCGACCGAAAUCUGCUGCCAGUGUUGCCGCACAGUCAUCAAAUUCUAGCUGCAGUGUUGCGCAACCUGGAGAAGCAGGUGCAAGAGCAGCAAGUUAAUUGUGAAGAAUUUAAUAUUGAUUUUUUUCUGGCAACACUGACUGGGCCACUGACCGUAAUGUUAUCUGUAUUGUAACAUCUGCAAACUAGAAAAACCCACUAUUUCACUAUUCUAAUGCUUUUCGUAUCUGCCACUGACUGUAUGUUUAUUUCACUGUUGUGUUUUCUGUUUAUUAAGUUUUGUACAAACACUUUUUGUUGUCAAACAUUUAAACUUUCUGUAGAUACCGUUGUAAAUGAAAACUAUACUGCUUUAUGUUACAAUGUUAAAAACAGUGAAUACGUUGUUAAACGGCAUCGAAUCCUGCUUUAAGCAGAAAUUAAUGGUAAAUUAAACAAGUUAGUUAAACCAGGUGGCUACAACAUUGGUAGUUUGGAUUACAAUAUUGGGCA